AUUGUCAGAUCUGUCAAUGCCUCCCAAUCAAUGUCAUAACAAAUAGUAACAAAUGGAAGUUUUAAAACUUCUAACACUUGCUGCACGGUGCACCUAAUAUUGAAAUUAUAAUCAAUUUUCACCAUGAUCGAUGCAACGGAAAAACCCAACAGUGACCUUAAACUUCAGCAAGUCGCUAGGGCAAAACUUCGUGAGUUAUUUUUAAAAGGAAUUGGUGAAUUAAGUGGAAAACCUUGCAGUAUUGUAACAUAUGAAAAAACAUCAUUGAAUGCUGUUUUUGCGGGUUGGCACCCUGAUGGAACUGAGAUUCUUGUGAGAGACUUGGAGACACCAGCUUCCUUUAAAAUGACUACUGCCCUGCUUAGAACUCCAGAUGUACUAGCUGUUGAAUUUGAACCAACCAUUGAACUGCCUUAGAUAUAUACUGAAAAAUGUCUUUUUGUAAAAAUAUAUGAACAUUAUGGACUGACUGGCCUGUUGGUCUAGUGGUGAGUGACCCUGACUGCUAUA